AUGGAUCAGCUUCCGACAAUAAAAAAUAUCAACUGUGUAACUGCCUGCAAACCAGAUGAAGCAGCACAUUCAGCUAUGAUAAAAGCGUUAAAGAAUAGUGGGUUUCUAAAGACACAAGCAGCUGAAAGAUCCAUGAGAGGUGUGGAUCUUAGCUGUUUUUUAGAUGAUAAACCAUAUGAAAAUCGGUCAAAAUUGGUUGAAAUUGGUCGCCAUCCUCCAGUUAGUGUUAUGUUCCCUGCUCCUUAUGUGCACGCAGUGAUUCUGGAUGCACUUAGCUUCGGCAUCAAGGGUGAUUCACAUGCCUUAGUUGUCGAGCUAGGUAUCGGAUACAUGACGGCUUGUACAGCAAUCAUGACAGGUAAAGAAGGUGUCACUGUAUCCGCUCAACCCACUGGUGAUUUAUUUGCAUGGGCUUCAUCGAAUGUCAAAAGCUGGUUAGAUUAUAGUAAAGCAACUUAUAAAUAUGGCUUAUACGUGGGGUAUCAAAUUAAAUUUGCAACCUAUUCCAGUCAGAAACCAGAGAUUUUAAGUGCAAAAUAUGAUGCUAUCUAUGUUCGUGCAAAGCAUGAAAGUGAUGUGAACAGGUGGCUAAGGAAUUUGAAAACAGGAGGUCGUAUGGUCUGCUUGGUAGGACUUAAUGAAGGCAAACAGAAAUUGUAUCAAUUGGUCCGGUUGUCCGAAAGUUCCGUACAAAAGAAGGUUUUGAUGACCUUCGAAGAUUUCAAACCAAUAGAUACUCAACCAAAAGAAGAAGAAGUUAUAAAACCGAGAAUAAAGAAGAGUGAAAGUCAUGAUUCAUGCACAUUCGCAUGUUUAAUUGAUAUGCAGAAGAUGUGA